AUGCGUCUCGCACCUAGCUUUGCCCUUGCCAUCACUGGCCUGCUGUUGGCAACCCAAGGAUCAAGUCACCCGGUCGACAACACCAUGCGAAUUUCCUUCACCAAUGGGCAGCUUCAGAAGCCUUUCCCCGAUGCCCCCUAUGCCUUUUCGACCAUCAGAGAUGUCCUACUAGAUCACAGCAUCAUCGGCGACGUCCUUGACGACUUUGAACCGUCCUACUACCUCGACAUCACCUACCCAAAAUCUCACGAGACGGUCCUCUUGGGCGAUGACAUCCCUGUUGAAUCCGUGUCCAAACGACCCAUCUUCACUUUUCACUCAAUAAAUUCUCUGGUCGGUACGGAAGAUGCGAAGAAGUCUACCUUCACCCUAGUCUUGACCGACCCUGACGCAAAAUCUCGCAACAACCCAAAGUGGUCUGAAAUGUGUCACUGGAUCCUCACCAACCUGACCACGCCCAUCCCGGAGCCUUCAUCAAUUUUGCACCUUGUGAAAGCCAAACCUGGAGAGCUCGAGGAGUAUCUUCCACCAGCUCCACCCCCGAAAACGGGUGCUCAUCGAUAUGUUUUCGUCUUGUUAGAAGGCACCGCCUCAAACCUGGAACCGCCCGCCGAUAGGAAGCACUGGGGCUAUGGCAAGCCCAGACAUGGUGUGCGGGACUGGGCGCAGGACAAUCAUUUGACGGUUGUGGGUGCGAACUUCUUCUAUGCUCAAAAUGAGAAGCAGUAG